UCUACUAAUUAAAUAACUAUAUAUAUAUAUAUAAAAAGUAAGAACAAAUUUCUGGUAAACAAUUUGCAAAAUUCUUAAUUAAAAAAUAGACCUUAAGAGGUAAAGAAAAGAUAUAUAGAUAUAAAUUAAGGACAAUAGGGAAUAGUGGUUAAACUAAAAGUCAACAUAGCGAGCAGUCAAACUGGUGAUGAUCUACAUUGACCAAUGAAAUUGAGGGUUGUGGGUCCACGUGGCUUUAAAGUUAAGGCUAAGCUCGUUGGAACGUGUCAACAGCUGUUUGUGUCUUUGGGAAGGGGAGAAAGGGAUCUCUGGUUUGACCAUACGAAGAUUGUUUAUACACAAUGAAUAAAUUGACAAUACAAUACCACUAUGAAUAAUAUUAGCUUAUGCACACGAUAUAAUUGAUAAUUCUAGUUUAAUACCCUUCUAUUUUGACCUCUUCUUUCUUUCUUUCUUUUUAUUUGAUUGUUUUCUUUCUUCUUCUUUAUGUUAAUAUUUGUUUCAUUUGAAUGUCUCAUCUUAUUUAAAUUAUCAGAUAACAUCUAGAAUAAAUUAGUUAUAAACUUUGUUUAUUAAAAUUCAUAACAAGAAAAAAAAAAGUUAACAAUAAUUUAUACUUUUCUCGGUUUGAUUCUCAUCUACUUAAAUUAAAAAAAGAAAAAGAAAAAGAGAAAAAAAAAAACAAUCUUAUUCAUCUUCACCAUUAAAAGAAAUGAUAGAAGAACAUUUCUGUAAAGAAAAACAAGAUGUGAGACAUCCAGUGUCUCACCUCCCUUAGGUACAAAGGGGAGAAGAUGGAUGGAAAUGAAUAAAAUAGAAUGAGACCUUAAUGAAAAUUUAAAUUUAGCUUAGUCGUUAAGAUAUAUAUACCAUCUAUCUAAAUUUGAAAGUUAAAAAUUUCACCUCCACGCGUACUUAAGAAAAUAAUAGUAUCAAUUAGGGAUCAAUAUUUAUUUUGUUGGUUUUGAAACCAACAAGAUAACCAUGGAGAAUUUAUACGAACAAUCCAAUCCGGGAAAAAAAUGAAUUUUAUUUACUAUUAAGUUUUUUUUUUAAAUUACGUGUUUGUUUAGUUAACUUGGUGAACAAUACAAAAAAGAAGGGGAAAAAAAGUCCACAAAAUUCCUCAAUUUGUUUCUUUAGUGUAAGUCAAAUGUUUCCCAUUGUAAGCUUAUUCAUUGUUCUUCUACCCUUUCCCCCCUCUUUUAUGACGUCAAUAUUUCAUCAUACAAAACCCAAGCAGCUUUGAUUUCAUUGGCUACUGAUGAUUCGUAAUUUUAUUCUUUACACAAUAUUAAUAAUACUAAACCAAUCACUAUUAGUUGCGUUUUAAGUAAUACUAUUACUCAAAUUCAUUCUAUUUUUCUUUUCUAAUGUAAUAUCCUUUUGAUUUCUAUACAUGCCGUCCUCCAAAACAAACUUCUAGUCAAUUUUUUACCCACUUCUUCCAAAUUUAGAUUAAAUCCUUUUUUUCCAUUCUCCAUGACCAAAAUUCUUCCAAGUCUUUUAUUUAUUUAUUUUUAGUUUUUUAAAUGUAGUGGAGAACUAAAACCUACUUUUCAUGAUCAAAUUUUGCCGCCCAAGUUGACUGUUUUUGUAGCUUUGCAAAAAUAAGGCUCACAAAGUUUUUCUUUGAUUUUGUGGGAGGUGAAGAAAUUGAAACCCCACGUUUAAAAGGAACUUGCCUUUUCUCCCCCUCUAUUACAAUUUCAUUGAGGAAGCAAUCUUAAUUUUUAUGCCACAAAAUUCUCAAAAAAAUAAAAAUAAAAAAACAUUUUAUGAUCGUUCCCAUUUGGCCCACCUUCAAGUCUUCUAAAUGACUUCUAAACUUUGCUUUUGCUUGAACCAUGAUUUGUCUUUUCUCUUCCUUUUUCCAAACAUCAUUCACAAAACCAAAACACCAAGAUUUCAAGAACUUAAAACAAGAAACAAACCCCUCCAAGUCUAAUUCAAAAAGGGUUGGUUUAACUCACCAAAAACACUGGAAAUUCCCCUUCAAAACCUCUCUCCAUCUUCCCACCUUUCUUCUUCUUCUUCUUCUUCUUCUGGUAUCUUUCAUUUAUGGAUUUCAUGAAAAUCCCUUUUCUUCUAAUCAUCUUCUUCAUCAUCUUUAAUUGUCAAACUCUGUCCUUAGACCAAAAGUUUGAAGCUUGUGCUCCGAAGUCCUGUGGGAAUGGUCCAAAUAUAAGCUACCCUUUCUGGAUAGCUCAUUCGCACAGCCCCUUCUGUGGAUUCCCAAGCUUCCGUAUUGCAUGCAAAGAUGAAAACCCAAUUAUCAGAAUUUCAAAUGACGAUUAUAUUAUCAGAGAUAUUUCCUACAAAAACCAUUCUUUUCUUUUGACAAAUGCUGCGGUUUAUGAUGCGAACUGCCUAACUCCUCUACAUAAUUUCAGCCUCCACCGAACUCCAUUCAGUUAUAGUCCAGAUCAUAUUGGUUUCUUCUUCUUUUACAAUUGUACUUCUCUUCCUCCCAAUUAUAGCUACCCAAUUGACUGUUUUAGCACAAGCAAACUCCAUUCAUUUGGUGCUUUCCAUGAAGGAUAUUUGGAGUUUAUGAACUUCUCUUCCAAUUCUUGUCAAUCCUCUGUCGAGGUGCCUUUGGACUUUAACAAUGAGGAUGAUGAUUUUACUGGGUUGUUGAGGAAGAAUUAUACUGAUCUCUUGAAGAUGGGAUUUAGUUUAAAUUGGAGAGCCCAAAUUUGUAGCAACUGUGAAAUAAGUGGUGGCCGAUGUGGGGUCGAAAAGAACCAGUUUGUUUGCUUUUGUCCUGAUGGACCUCAUAUCAAAACCUGCAAAGAGGAAGAAAAGAAAGGAUGGAUGAAACCCGUCAUAGGUGUUUGCUCUGGUAUUGGAGGUGUACUGUUAAUGGGUGUAGCCUCUUUCAUCUGGUUUUGUUUGCACAAAAAGAAGCUUGCUCGUUCUUAUACUCCCUCCUCAUUUCUCCUGCGAAACAAUUCCAGUGAACCUUCAACGAAGGAACUUGAGAAAGGAGAAAAUGAUAUGGGGCUACCUUUGUUCUCUUAUGAAGAGCUUGAAAAAGCCACAGACAAAUUUAAUCCAGCCAAAGAACUUGGAGAUGGUGGCUUUGGCACUGUCUACUAUGGCAAACUCUCAGAUGGGCGUGAGGUUGCAGUGAAACGAUUGUUUGAAAAUAACUACCGACGAGUUGAGCAUUUCAUGAAUGAAGUUGAGAUCCUUACUCGUUUGCGCCACCCACAUCUAGUCACCCUUUAUGGAUGCACCUCUCGACUUUGCCGUGAACUCUUGCUGGUUUAUGAAUUCAUUCCAAAUGGUACUGUUGCCGAUCAUCUUCAUGGCAACCGAGCAAAACCUGGUGAGCUUCCAUGGCAUACAAGGUUGAAGAUUGCCAUAGACACAGCAAGUGCUCUGGCCUUUCUUCAUGCUUCUGAGACUAUCCACCGAGAUGUUAAAACCACCAACAUUCUUCUUGACAACAACUACAAUGUUAAAGUCGCUGAUUUCGGACUAUCUCGCCUUUUUCCUACACAAGCCACCCAUAUUUCAACUGCUCCACAAGGAACUCCUGGCUACGUUGACCCGGAGUAUCACGAAUGUUAUCAACUUACAAAUAAAAGCGAUGUCUUCAGCUUUGGAGUAGUAUUGGUUGAGCUGAUAUCUUCGAAGCCUGCAGUUGAUAUCACUAGGCACAGACAUGAGAUUAACUUGUGGACAAUGGCAAUCAACAAGAUUCGAAACGACGAAUUACACGACUUUGUAGACACAUCUCUUGGAUUUGAAACAGAUGAAACAGUGAGAGAUAUGAUAUGUGCAGUUGCAGAGUUGGCAUUUCGAUGCUUACAAAGUGUGAAGGACACAAGACCGUCGAUGUUGGAAGCUCUGGAAAUUCUAAAGGACAUAGAGAGUCGAAGUAGUGGCAAAGGAAAAGAAGAAGACAUAGGCAUUUCACACGAAGACGAUGUGCUGCUGAAGGAUGGCUUAGUUCCAGAGUCUCCAGAUUCUGUUGUCGUGCCUUGGAUGAGCAAAUCAUCAACACCAAAUGGCAGUAGCUAAGUUUUUCCUUUGUGGGUUCAUGGUAAAGUAGAUGUUAAACUUUAAUAGCACUGCCUAAUCCUUUUUGUUCUUUCACCCAUUAUUAUCAGCUUUCUUAACCCCCUUUUUAGGUUAAUCAGAUGUACAUAUUUGAGAUUGAAUGUAAAGCUCGCGUUAUCAUUCUCCAUCCA